UCAUAUACUUCAUCGAUCAGUUCAUCACAAAACAAACUCACACUCUCAUUGUCCAUUCACUUUUGCAGUUUUACGUUUAAUUAGUAGCUUAAUCAAAGUCAGAAUCACAAAGUUAGUUAAUAGUAAUGGCAAUGUCUAUGCAAGUCCAAGCUCUUCUUUCCAAUUCAGUUGGUGCCUUCACUAAUGGCUCCAACGCAUAUCCACUUGGGUUCAAUCCACGAAUGUGUAAACGUGUCAGUUUCGGUGUCAAGUGUAUGGCUGAGGAGAAGGCCGGAGGUGAACCAAAGCUCAACUCCGGUUUACCAAAGCCAAACCCUAGUGUAUCUUCAUCCACGUCGAUCCCAACUCCUAGGCCUCAACCAAAGAAAGUAAGCACAAACUUCACAGACUUGUUCGCAUUUAGUGGCCCUGCACCUGAGAGGAUCAACGGCCGCCUAGCCAUGAUCGGGUUCAUGGCCGCAAUAGCAGUAGAGCUAUCUAACGGCACUGACUUAUUUACUCAAAUAUCCGACGGUGGAUCACAAUGGUUCCUCGGAACAAGCAUCCUUCUUUCGGUAGCAUCAUUGGUGCCGUUACUCCAAGGAAGCCGAGCAGAAGCAAAGACACAAGGGUUAAUGAACGCCAACGCCGAGCUUUGGAAUGGUAGGAUUGCUAUGUUAGGCCUUGUUGCCUUGGCUGUAACCGAGAUUGUUAAAGGCGGAGCUCUUGUUUGAGCUAAUUUAGCUUUUUGAUAAGGGUAGUUAUUAUUGACUUAUUGUAUAUAGGAAACGAAUUAUGUAACAUUUUUUUCCUCAUCUAUCUAUAUAUAUAUUAUACUAAAAUAGAGGAAAUCAAUGUGGUGAUGACAAAUGUCACUCAUUAAUUGACCUCUCUUUUAGAUAUAAAAAAUAAAAAAUUAAAAUACUUGAUUGUAAAUUAUUUUGUUACCUUUUUACCCAAUAAAGAUUUGAUUCUA